UGAUGUUUUAUUAGAUAUUUUAUUCGAUGUUGCAAUUUUCUAAAAAGUUUGUGUUGAGUUUAAACCGUUUGAGAUUAUUUUUAAUAAUAAUCGUUAUAAUUGAUUCGUUUAUUAUAACUGGAAAAGAUUGUUGGUGGUUCAAGAAAUUAUGAAUAACCUCAAACCUGUCUAUUCCUGUCUAGGAUCGAGUGAAUCAGCGUCGAUUUUUAUACCAAUACGGGCUGUGAUUGCGGUUAUACAUUGUGAGCUGUGGUAGUCUAUCGAUCGAGACGAUAGUCUAGUCGUCUAGAGCUCAUGUCAGUGGUGUCGUGAUUGUCGUGAAUAUACGUUAAAACAGUAUUGCUAAUAUUAUUAUUUACUUUCCGAUAGAACCAUUUAGUAAACUGAGAAGGCGAUUGAUUUUAAAAAUAUGGCACCACCAAAAAGUGUAGUUUGGAAACACUUUAACAAAACAAAAGACGGAUAUGCGGUGUGUCGUUACUGUGAAAAAAAAAUAAAAACAUCAGGUAACACCACAAAUUUGAUAGGGCAUCUCAAUAGAUUACACAAAACUAUAAUGAAGAAAAGUGUUGAACAAUUAGGAUCUGAAGAAACGAUGGAUAUAUGUUCAGAAAGUGAUCUUCCUGGAACUUCUCAACAAGAUUCUGAUGAAAGUCGGCCAUCGUCGGCAAGUGCAGUUACAACUAAUACAAAUUACAUGCGUCAAUCAUUAAUUACGAAAAAUUUUCAAGAGAUUAAAUCUUUUGGAGAAGGUGGCGAAAAAUUUAAUGCCAUUACAAAUUCUAUUUUAUUUAUGAUUUGUAAAGACAUGCAGCCAUUCAGUAUUGUGGAAUCUGAAGGUUUUAGACAAUUAAUGAAACUUGUUGUGCCUCAAUACAAAAUACCUAGCCGACAAACUUUAACGCGAAGGCUAGAUGCAAAGUAUGACUCUCUGGAGUCAGUUGUUAAGGUAAAGUUAUCAUUUGUAGACAGUGUUGCAAUUACGACUGAUAUUUGGAGUGAUACUAUGCAAACCCGAAGUUUCCUGGGAAUCACAGUGCACUACGCAAGUGAUGGCAAAAUGUUUUCCUUUACUUUAGGAGUUUGUGAUCUAGAACAUCGCCAUACAGCAGAGUAUUUAGCCGAAAAAUUAAUGGAAACGUGCAAUCAGUGGAACAUUCCAAAAGAAAAAAUUACUGCAGUUGUAACCGAUAAUGGGGUUAACAUAGUUAAAGCAGUACACAUAGCAUUUGGGAAACAUGUUCACAUGGCUUGUUGUGCACAUACAUUAAACUUGGUGGCUGAAAAAUCUAUUGACAAUACGGGAACUUUAAAAGGAUUGAUUGGUAAAGUAAAGUUAAUCGUUACGUGGUUUAAACACAGUAUUGUUGCAAGUGAUGAAUUAAGAAGACGGUCACCAAAAAAACUUAUUCAAGAAGUUCCAACUAGAUGGAAUUCAAAAUAUUACAUGCUAAAACGCUUCUUGGAACUAAGAUCUAUUAUUAAUGAAAUAAUUAGUAAUCACAUUAGUGCACCGGCUAUGGUAACCGCAUUUGAAACUCAAGAAAUAGAAGAAGUUACAAGACUGUUGCAACCCUUAGAAGUUGCAACAAAAGAACUUUGCGGUGAAAAUUAUGUAACUGCCAGCAAAAUUAUUCCAAUGAUACAUUGUUUAAGUAAAAAAAUUUCUGAAAUGAGUUCUAGUUUGCAGAUAGCAAAAGAUCUACAAAAAUCUUUAACAUUAGAAAUUAACCAACGAUUUGGUAAUGUUGAAGAGAUACGUUUGAUGGCUGUAUCAACAAUUUUAGAUCCUAGAUUUAAAAAAAUACACUUUCAAAACUUAAUAGCAUGUUCAACAGCUGUUGACCAUCUAGAAACAAUUGUAAAAUCACUGACAUCACCAUUAGCUGCAGAACAAAUUGCGCCUGUAGGUUCUCAUCACAUUCCUGACGAAGAAGAAGAAUUUAAUUUAUGGAGUCAGCAUCACGUAAUGGUAGAAAAAAUGAAUAACAGCAACAACGAUGGCACUUCAGAGAUAGCGCAUUAUCUCAAAUGCCCAUUAAAGAAAUUUGAACAAAAUCCCUUACAAUUAUGGGACGAUAUUAAAGGAAUUUGCCCAACAUUGGCCAAAAUUGCCCCAAAAUACCUAAGCAUACCAGCCACAUCGGUUCCAUCAGAAAGGCUGUUUUCAAAAGCCGGUCAAGUUUUGACGCAACAGCGAAGCAGGCUUAAAGGAAAACGCUUAUCAAAACUUUUAUUUUUAAAUUCUUGUGAUAAAUUAUUUUUUUAGUUUUAUUCCAUUCUGUUAUUCUUGUUUAGUAGAUUUAGUAGAUAUCUUUUGUUGUUGGUAUUAAAAAUGUUCAGUUUAUUUU